ACCGGCGGAAUCUGCACACAAUCAGUUCUAAAACGUCAACGGAGAAGUCCCCCUCUCACGCGGGGUUCAUUUCUCUGUCGACAGAUGACUUCUUCAUCCCCAAACUACCUCCAACAACUGGAGGCAUCUCUCGAGCUCUUCAUUGAGAAUGUUCGACAGCUCGGAAUCGUUGUAGCCGACUUCCAGCCACAAGGUCAGCCCGCCCUGAACCAGAAAAUCACAACCCUAGUGUCUCUGAUGCAAGACAUAUCCGCCGUCAGACCGCACGUCGAGGAUAUUCAAGUUCCCCUCGAGGUCUGUGACUACAUCGAUGAAGCCCGGAACCCUCAACUCUACACGAAAGAUUGCAUGGAGAAAGCUCUGGCCAAAAACGAGCAGGUCAAGGGUAAAAUCGACGCUUAUAGAAGAUUCAAAGCUCUCCUUCUUGUGGAGCUGGGCAAGGUCUUCCCGCAUGAGAUCAGCAAGUACAGAGCCUAUCGGGGGGAGAACGGCGUUGCGACAUCGCCCCAUCCCUCGAUGCAAAUGCCCUAGGAGAAGGAUUCGAACUCUGGUCCCGAUCGGACUUGUUCUUGUACAUAAACCGGGAUGACGCGUGGAGUCACUCUGUCCCUAGCUAGGGGUCUCUUUGACCCGAAUGGUACGACGGAUGCAAAAUAUUUCGCAUACUGCAGGCGAAGAUGCAAGUGGGCGGAUGACGAAGGAAAAUGGCU